CGGCGGCGGCGCCGGCCCCGGCAUGUCGCGCAAGAAGGCGGCUCGCAGCAAGGGCGGCGGCGCCGCGCCCUCCGCCGCGCUGCCCCCCGCCGCGCAGGGCACCGGCCGAGCCGCCGCCGCCGCCCCCCGGGGCAGCGCCUCCGCCGCCGCCGCCCCCGAGCUGCCCCGUAACGGCGGCGCGGCGGCGGCCGGGCGGCCCUCGCUGAGCAGCAGCGGGGAGUUCUACGACCUCGCCUUCAAGGUGAUGCUGGUGGGAGACUCGGGGGUCGGCAAGACCUGCCUGCUGGUGCGCUUCAAGGACGGCGCCUUCCUCGCCGGCAGCUUCAUCUCCACGGUGGGAAUCGACUUCAGGAACAAGGUGCUGACGGUGGAUGGGGUGAAGGUGAAGCUGCAGAUCUGGGACACGGCCGGGCAGGAGCGCUUCCGCAGCGUCACCCACGCCUACUACCGGGAUGCGCACGCCCUGCUCCUGCUCUACGAUGUCACCAACAAAGCGUCCUUUGACAACAUCCAGGCUUGGCUGACAGAGAUCCACGAGUAUGCACAGCAGGAUGUGGUCCUCAUGCUACUGGGAAACAAGGUGGAUUCAGCCCAGGACAGAGUGGUGAAACGGGAAGAGGGAGAGAAGCUUGCCAAGGAGUAUGGCGUGCCCUUCAUGGAGACCAGCGCCAAGAGCGGCCUCAACGUGGAAUUAGCCUUCACAGCCAUCGCCAAGGAGCUGAAGCACAGGUCCAUGAAGCUGCCCAACGAGCCCAAAUUCAAGCUCCACGACUACGUGAAGAAGGAAGUGCGAGGCUCGGGCUGCUGCAGGUCCUAACGUGUGCUUGUACAGAGACUCAGCCCCUGGGCAGUGUGUGCAUGUCUGUCUGUCGUGUCUGUGUCUGCCCCAGGGCCAGCUGGGCACAGGAGCAGCAGGAGAGGCUCUCUGGGAUCUGCAGCCCCCUGGCACCCAUCGGCUCCGGCUGCCCUCGCCAGCAUUCCUGCCCUGCUCACGGCUGGGAGGGGGCUGUGGGAAGGGGCUGGGGUCUCUUCUGUGCCUGCUCUGUGAGGCUGCUGUCACCUGUGUGAGAGCCAGGGAGUGAUGCAGGGCAACCAACACCUUCUCCCCACCUCGGAGGAAAAAAUGGUGAUUUUUUUCUGGGUAGAAGGUCCUGAAUUCCCUUUUCUCUCCCUGUGUCCCUGGAAUUCAGCUGAGAGCCCUGGCCCGGGGCGUGCAGGAAGGAUGUGUUUGAAGGCAGCCGUUCUCGUAGGUGCUUUCUGCUGUCUGUCCAUCCCUGUGAGGUGGGACACGCUUCCACAGUGAGGGAUUGCUCCCUGCAAAGGCACAGCUUGGCUGUCCGAGCGAGCUCCUGCACACCUGGCUGUACAGAGAUUUCUGAGUGUUCACCCCUGUGGGAAAGGCUCUGCUUCUCCUCCUCCCACCCUUUCUAGUACUUUGAGAAGAACCCCAAUGUACUGCAGCUUAUUCUAAAUACCUUCUGUAAGCGUGAUGGUGUUUUCAGGCCGCAACAACGCUUUGAUAUCUUCAAAGUUCUCUUGGGCAGCUCUUUCUUUUCAGCGCAGAGAGCUGGGGGGAAGCUGCAGGCAGUGAUUUCACAGGCUGCAGCCUCCUGCCAGCUCUCUUCAAGGGCCUCCUCACCCCUUUGGUCUGUGUCAGGCUUUUGGCUGGUUUUUUGUCAAGCUGCACUUCUCAGUACAAAUUUGAAUCUGGAUGAAGUGUUUGGCCUUUGGCAGUUUUUCCCUUUGAAAACUCCACGCACACAUCAGCAGGUGCCCGCUGCGCCGAGCCUGGGUGGCUCCAGAUGAAACAGAACAACCCAUCCUCAGCCCUCCAGCCAGCACCAGCCCCAGCUGCUGACUCAGAUGCCCCUGCCCCUCAUUUUUCCUGGGAUUUUGGCUCCAGCACUGCCUUCCUGAUGGGCACAAGGAGCCCCACGUGCUCCGAGCUUCACUCCUCAGGGAGCUCCAGCAACACGAGCAGCUACAGCUUCACAGGGUGAAAAAGGAUCUUAAAAUGAACCAGCUUUUUUCCCUAAACAGUAUUUUAGGGGAGAGACAAGUCUUGAAAUCGUCUGAUUUAAAUACUAAAAUCACCUGUGGAAAACCCAUCUGUGCAGGGAUGUUUGCAUUCCUGGCAAACCCUGCUGCUGAUCCCAAAGGAGCAGCCACGUUAUGGGGGCACCCAGGAAUUUGCUUUUGUGAGGCAGGACCAGCCUGGCACAGGCAGGAGCAGCCAGGCAGCUCCAGGGCUGUUUCCUCAUCCUGUCCUUGGAGCAGCAGCAGCCCCAUCCCCAGGUGACAAGGAGCCUCCCUAAAGGCAAAAUUUAGGAUUCCCAAUGGAUUAGGAUUCCCAGUGUCAGGUUGCUACCUUCCCUCUCCCUCAGACAGCUUCUGUCUGGGUUACAAAGCUGACAGCUGCUCACUUCUUGCUCAGUGUGGGUCCAAAACCAACAAAAACCCCUUUAAAUGAGGAAAAUGUAAAUAUUUCCCUUGAGAGCACGUCCAGCCUGCCUGAGGGGACCCUGAGACCCUGCCAGAGCAGAGGGCUCCCAGCCCGGUUUGGGCUCAGCCCCUCUCCCAGUGUGGGACUGCUUUCCCCCAGCUCCUCUCGGCCGUUUGGGGUUUUCUCCACGGGCCUCUGCUGCCACCACGCGGAACUGCUCAGCGCAGCGUUAAUUAUUGCGGUUAAUUGCCCAGAGCACCCAGCCACGUGCGGGGACUCGGCCUCACCUGCAACAUCCCAUUUCUGCUGGCUCUUGUUUACAGCUUUCCGUUCAUUCCUGUUAAUAAAAUUUUUAAAUAAUC